AUCUGUUGCUGCAUGAUCUCUGUUCUCAACACAAUGGCUCUGACAAUCGGAGAGCGAGUGCAGCACUGCCUCCUGGUCCUCGUGCCUAGGCUGUUCUUGGCACUCUUUAGGCUGGUCUCACCCGGCUCAAAGCAACCAAAACAUCUCCCUCCAAUCAGAAAUCCACUGCUUACUCUCUCUGCAGUGCAACUGGCUGAGAAGAUUCGCAGAAGAGAGGUUACUAGUGUGGAGGUUGUGCAGGCCUACAUUGACAGGAUACAGGAAGUAAACCCACUGCUCAAUGCUUUGGUCAAAGACAGGUUCUCAUCAGCCCUUCAAGAGGCCGCUCAUGCAGAUAAACUAAUAGAGGAGGAGAAUGGAGGAGAGGAAGUUCUGAGGAACCGAUUUCCUCUGCUGGGUGUUCCACUGUCUGUCAAAGAGUCAUUCGCACUACAGGGUAUGCCCAAUUCUGGCGGGUUGAAAUCCCGGGCUAGAGUACUUGCCAGUAUGGAUGCUCCUCUUGUGGCUCUGUUGAAGAGAGCUGGUGCAAUUCCUCUAGGUGUCACCAACACCAGUGAGCUUUGCAUGUGGAUGGAGUCCAGCAACCACCUCUAUGGGAUCACCAGUAACCCCUAUGACCUCGAGAGGAUGUGUGGAGGAAGCUCAGGUGGAGAGGGAAGUAUCAUCGGUGGUGGUGCAGCUGUGAUAGGUAUCGGCUCUGACAUUGGUGGAAGUAUCCGCAUGCCGUGUUUUUUCAAUGGGAUUUUUGGCCACAAACCUUCAAAAGAUGUGGUUUCAAAUGACGGUCAGUUUCCCGCAUGUUCUGGUCUCCAAAAUGACUACCUGGGUUCUGGUCCAAUGUGUCGCUACGCUGAAGACCUGCUCCCUCUCCUGAAGAUAAUGACCGGGCCCACUGCAGACAAGCUCUUCCUCUCAAAAGAGGUGGAUCUGAAAAAGUUACGUUUUUUCACUGUAGUAGAUGAUGGUGGAUCUCCACUGACAUCUCCAGUAGACAAACAGCUCAUUGAAGCUCAAAAGAGGGUGGCUGCACGUAUAGAGGCGGAUCUAGGAGUUACAGUUAAAGAAGUUAGUUUUCCUCAGCUCAAAUACUCUUUUCAGAUUUGGGACACAUUCUUGGCUCUACCUGACAAAGAUGGCAAGCCUCCACAGGCUUUUGUUGAACAAAUGGCAGAUGGAGGCUCUGUGUGGCCUGUUUGGGAGCUGAUAAAGAGGAUAUUUGGAAGAUCUGAACACACUGUGGCUGCUAUUGGUUUGGCUCUAAUGGAGAGUUCUCACAGUUCUAAGCCAUCUCAGUUCAUCCUAAAGCAGAAGGAGGAACUGCAAAGAGAGAUGGAGGAUCUGCUGGGGACAGAUGGAGUGCUGUUCUACCCGUCUCAUCCUCUUCUCGCCCCCAAACACCACCACCCCCUAUUUACUCCAUACAACUUUGCUUACACAGAAAUCCAGCAGUGGCCUUAGAUGUGUGUUUAGGAUCAAUGUCAUGUUGGAAAAGUGCACGAGGACCAAGGGCACAGAGUGAUAGUAGCAUCUUCUGUUUCAGUAUAGAGCAGUACAUCUGUGAAUUCAUGAUGCCAUCAAUGAAAUGCAGCUCCCCGACACCAGCAGCACUCAUGCAGCCCCACAUAAGGACACUGCCACCACCAUGUUUCACUGUAGGCACCAUGCAUUUUUCUUUGUAUUCCUCAUCUUUGCGAUACCAUACAGUUUUGAAGCCAUCAGUUCCAAAAACAUUUAUCUUCACUCAUCACUCUAGAGUAUAGAGUCCCAAUAGUCUUCAUCUUCAGCAUGGGCCCUGGCAAACUCUAGGUGGGCUUUUUUUGUGCCUGGGCUUUAGGAGAGGCUUCUUUCGUGGAUGGCACCCAUGCAUGUCUUUCCUCUGCAGUGUACGCUGUAUUGCGUCACGGGAAAUAGUCACCCCUUUCUACUUCUUUAGAUAACUGCAGUAAACUUAAUUGCAUGCCGAUUUUCUUCAACCCUUCUCAUCAGAAGACGCUCCUGUCAAAGUGUUAACUUCCGUGGAUGACCUGGACGUCUCUGUGAGAUGGCUGCAGUUCCAUCUUUUUAAAAUUUUUGUACCACUUUUGCGACAGUAUUCUGACUGAUAAGUAAAGCUUUGCUGAUCUUCUUGUAGCCUUCACCUUUCUGGUGUAAAUAAAUUAUUUUCUUUCUCAGGUCAUGUGGUGCCAUUGCUGACAGCGUGAAAUGGGAAGGGGUUUUAACACCCUUUUAUAGUCAACACUCUGCUGGACACCUGUGUAAUGAAUAAUUAGGCUCACCUGUGGUUGAAUUCUUGUUAAAUUAGACAUUUGUAGUCUAAAAUUUAGCUUUGCUCCAGACUUUCAGUGGGGUGUGCUCAUUUUUGCAUCACCCUCAUUUGAGUAAAACUGAAAAUUUUGUUCUCCAAGUUAUAUUAUUAAGCUUACUUUCAUGUUAUAAGUUAAACAGAUGUUAUAUAAAACUUAGUCUUGUCAACAUUUUGGAAA